UCGGGCUCUCUGCCAGCGCGGGCAGCGCUCAGACGCUCUGCCAGGUAGCGCGGAGGCAGGCGGUCGCCCUGCCAUGGCCCAGCCGUCCCGAGCUGUCGACCCCCUGCCCGGGCACCAACUGUAACGUGGAGCCUCAGCCGGCCAGCCCCAGACGGGGGAGGGACGACCCCAGCUGCACCCCAGGAUGCCGUUUGGCUGCAUCGGACUACGAGAUGAAAAGAACUACAACAGUCUUUCCGACAUCACCGACAAGUAUGAGAUUGGGCAGCUGCUGCGGGCGAAGGAAUUCUGUGAGAUCUGUGUGGCCCGUGAACGCCAGACAGAAAGACUGUACAUCUGCAAGAAGUUCCUUAAGAAAGAUGGGCGCAAAGUGCGAAGGGCGGCUAAGAACGAAAUCCUCAUCUUGAAGAUGGUGAGUCACCCCAACAUCUUGCAGCUGAUUGACACGUUUGAGACGCGGAAGGAAUUCUACAUCAUCCAAGAACUUGCCACUGGAGGAGACGUGUUUGACUGGAUCCUAGACCAGGGCUACUACACAGAAAAGGAUGCUAGCAACGUCAUCCGGCAAGUGCUGGAAGCCUUGGCCUAUUUACAUAACCUGCACAUUGUUCACCGCAACCUUAAGUUGGAGAAUCUCAUGUACUACAACCAGAACAACCGUUCCAAGGUGGUGUUGCGGGAUUUUUAUCUCUCACGCUUUGAGAAUGGGGCCAUCACAGAGCCCUGUGGGACUCCCGAAUACUUAGCGCCAGAGGUGGUGGCCCGGCAACGUUAUGGACGUCCUGUGGACUGCUGGGCUGUAGGGGUUAUUAUGUUCAUUCUACUAUCUGGGAACCCCCCCUUUUACGACGACACAGACGACGAAAACAGCGACAGCCACAACCGCCGUAUAUUCCGCAAAAUUCUGGCCGGGGAAUAUGACUUUGAUUCCCCAUACUGGGAUGACAUCUCUCUUGCUGCCAAAAAACUGGUGUCUCGGCUCAUGGAAGUUGACCAGGACCAGCGAAUCACAGCCCAGGAGGCAUUGGGGCACAUUUGGAUAUCUGGCAACAUUGCCUCUGAAAAGAACCUCAAGGAAGGAGUCUGUGCACAGAUUGAAAAGAACUUCGCCAAGGCCAAGUGGAGGAAAGCCAUCCGGGUGACCACUUUCAUGCAACGUCUCCGGGCUGCAGAUGUUGGCAGCAGGCUCCCUGUCACUCCUCCGCCCACCAUCGGCGUUGCCCACGAGGUGACCAUUGAGGCUCCUCGACCUGCAGAACAUCUGGAGGCCCCGUGCCCGCUAGAAGAUCUCAAGAACAAGACAGAAGGAGCUACAGAGAAGAGGGAAUAACCGCUCCAGCUUUCCCCACCCUGUGUUCCAGGGCACUCUUUGCUAAACCCACACACACAAACCUCCCUCCUGGAGCAGGAGGGGGCUCCGUAGCACAGCACCACUGAGACAAAGAAAUUGGGGGCAGGGAUGUCCCCGAGCAGUGUUAUCUCUUCCCCCAAACCCUGUUUUUUGGUCUGGUGUUGAAGCGCUUUGGUUAGGAUGGCCCAGCAACCAGCAGGAAGGCCUGAUCGACCACACAGUGAUAAUGUAUCGUAUACGGGACUUAACAACUGGAGACGUGGCGGGGCUGGUGGCGGUGAAUGGCUUCCCAAAGAAGGCCUCUGGCUCCUUCACCAGAACGCGGGACCCCUUCCUAGCCUUUUCUUAGUAGCCAGAGCAAGCUGCACACCUUGCCAAAAAGUAGCCCUCCCCCAAAGUAGACAAAACACGCCUCCCUGAGUGACAGCUAGUCAGGCCAAGUAGGGACAUACCUGGAGAUUUAGAGGCGGAGCCUAAGGUGGGCAGAGCUUGGGAAGGGAACCCAGCAAGCAGGUACCGUAGAGUCCACUCUUCACACCUGCCCUUCUCUCCAGGGGGACGGAUCUCUGUGACCAGGAGAUCGGUUGUAAUUCCCGUCUCCACUGGGAGGUUGGCAACCCUAGGGAUCAUUAGUGGUGCCGACUGAACUGAGAAAUUCCUGGAGGUUUUGGAGCUUAAGGAGGGGAAGAACCGUAGCCAGGUAGAAUGCCAGAAUCCACUCUCGUCAGCAGCCAUUUUCUCCAGAAGGAUGGAUCUCUGUGACUUGAAGCUCAGUUCUAACUCCAGGUGGACUCCAGCGUCGUCCUGCAGGCUGGCCACCCUAGCCAACAACCUCCUCUCCAGCUCACCUGACCGAUAGCCCUGGCCACCUCCGUCUCUCCUUCUCUUUCAGGCUCGAGCUAUGGGACGAGCCUGAAAGAGAGAGCGGGGAGAUGCUUCAACUCCUCUCGGUGUUGCCAGCAGGCGUUCUUAGACCCACGCAAACCUUUAGGGGAGAAGGGAAGGGAAGGAAGCAGUUCCGAGGCAGCGAAGCAAGAGUCAGACCCUUUCCGAGGAAACGGGAUCCACUUAGAACUUUUCCCUCUCCCCACCCGCAUUUUAUUUCGUUCCAACGGCAGGGGCCAUUUGGCAAGCGCGUCCUGGAUUUCACCGCCUUGCCGGUUUGGUUCUCAACCCCAGCUGGACUGCGGCGGGAGGGACGGGCCAAGAGGGAUGCAUGUCCAAGCCAGCUGCAUGUUUUAUUGAAGAUGCUAUUUUAAUACAGAAAUAUCCCGGCUGCCCCUUUCCCUGGUGCUGUCUGCCCUUUUCCCCGGGGCAGCUCUGGGAAAUAAAAUAAACAGUCUUUCUCUGGGGACUGCC